ACGAAAAGAUUUACGUAAUCACAAAGACUCCGAGCAUAGUAAUGUCAAUUUUUUUACGUGUCCCUUACAAUGUGAUUUGGAAUUUGCAUCACAAACGGCACAACAAAAUCAUUUAGUCUCAAAGCAUUCAUAUUUUCCGUGUAUUGAAUGUAGCCACGCAUAUGAGACGAGAGAAGAAUUAGGUAGGCACACAUACUCCGAGCAUAAAGAAACCUAUUUUCCGUGUCUUUUACAAUGUGGUUCGGUUUUUGCAACACAAGAGGCACAACAAAACCAUUUAGUCUCAGACCAUUCAUAUCAUCCCUGUAAUGAAUGUCGCCAAGCAUACAAGACGAGAGAAGAAUUAUGUAAACAUAAAUACUCCGAGCAUAAGGAAACCUAUUUUCCGUGUCUUGUACAAUGUGAUUUGGAAUUUGAAACACAAUCUUUACAACAAAGUCAUUCAGUCUUACAACAUUCAUAUCUUCCCUGUACUGACUGUCAGCAAGCAUACGAGACGAUAGAAAAAUUACGUAUGCACAAACACUCCGAGCAUAAGAAAACUUUUUUUCCGUGUGUCAAAUGUAACGAAGAUUUUACAGCACUACCUAUACUACAACAGCAUGUAUUUUUCUCACAUUUAUCUUACUUGUGUAAUCAAUGUCCCCUAAGAUACGAGACGAUAGAAGAUUUACGUAGGCACACGUAUUCCAAGCAUAGCAAACCCUAUUUUCCGUGUACCACAUGUGACCAAAGCUUUGCAACAUCAUAUGCACUAUUCAUUCAUGAACAAAUAACUCAUUUAACCAACAUAUAUUGUUACAUAUGUCACUCAACUUUUACACGCAGUGAAGAUUUAGACAAUCAUAGUGCAACAACGCAUUCAGGAUACCGUUAUAAAUGUGGAUAUUGCCUCAAGAUUUUUGCAACACAACUUCAAUUACAAACUCAUGCAAAUAUUCAUACUGACAUUUUUUUCCCGUGUAAGUACUGUGGCAUAAUCCGCAAAAAUAAAAGAUAUUUAACUGAGCACAUACGUAACGUGCAUAAACAAGAGUACCUUAAACUGGUUACAUGUACGAUAUGUAACGAGAAAUUUGCAUCCCUAGUCCAACUACAACAUCAUAAAAUUGAACAACAUUUCUUACACUUGUGUUAUUACUGUGACAAAACAUACUCAACGCCAUACGAUUUAUGUGUUCACAACCUCCAGGAGCAUGGAGAUACUCAUUUUUUUUUACUACAGAUAUCCCCAGCGAACUUUCCACUGCAAUCGAAGCUACAACGUGAUUUAGCAAUUUAUUCACAUCAAAACCCUGUUUCGUAUGAUGGAAGGACUGAUUUACCCGGCACCUCGAUUAUAAACAUACCACAAACCCUGCAUGCAAAACAGUUACACGUCGACAACUCUGCACCACUAUCUGACCAACAAACUGGACAAAAUGUUGUGAGACCAUCCAGGAUUUGUACAUGUAACGACAUACUCGCGACUAAUUGUGGCCUACAUUCGCACUCGCCACAGCCUCGAGAAGACUGAUAUCAUAAACGACUACCCUUUUAUUUGUCUUUACUGUCCUCAAAGCUUUCAUAAGCCGAAACUGAAUUUAUUUGUUAUGAAUAAGAGUGUACCAAAGCAUUAACGUUCGAAGACGUGAAAGUGCUUUCUUUACUUGAAUGAAUAAAGUAUCUACAACUGAAGCUGAUUUAAAGAUGCACAAACUCAGGAGGUAUAGAAAGAAACGUUUUAUAUCGUAAGUAGGGGACACGCAUGUUUCCAAUCAUGUACUUAAUAAUAACACAUUCCUAUCGAUCUAUCGGUCAUAGUAUAUGAAAUUAUAAAGAAAAAACAGGUUUGCUAUUAUAUGGCUAGCGAGAAAAAUUUGAUAAGUCUACUGAAUUUUUUGUUUAUUGAACAAUCUUAUGUGUAAUGUAUACGCAUUCUUUUUUGUACCAAAUAUAAUCGAAAAUAAUGCAAAUAUGAAACGACGAACCUGUACAAUCAUUUAAAUGUAUAGAUUAAUUUUUCCGUUUACAAGACUUCUAAUUUGUUACAAUUAGAUGAGAAAAUUAGCAAUUGAUACCUGCACUUUUUGUAUGUAUCUAGCUAAAUAUGUGUAGA